CACUGUUGAUGAUGCUAACACAAAAGAUGAUGAUAAUGACGAACUACACCAACUUACCUUGUUGCUGAUAGUAGUGACGAAAUCUACCUUGGUGAUGAGGAAGAGUUGUACCCUGACGAUGAUGACGGUGAUGACAAGCAGCAUCUUGAUGAUGAUGACGAAACCCUCACCCGGUGAUGAUGUCGAAGCACGCCCUGUUGAUAAUGAUGAUAACUAUGAUGAUGACGAGCGGCCUCCUGGUGAUGAUGAUGAAACACUUACCAUGAUGACGCUGUCGAAACACGCCCUAUUGAUGAUGAUGAUGAUGAUUCCAAGCAUCUCCAGUGCAACGAUGCCAGACGAUGUCAUUGAAGAGGAUGACAACCCACGCGCACUUCAAGUCCCAAGGGCUGACUCCGCUGUGCUCCACAGGCGCGGAUUAACCCAACGCCUCCUGGCCCUAUGCCACACGCAGAACCGCAGCGGCGAUGGGGCAAAAUGGGAAACUCCCGAGUUACCGUCGGGGGUCGGUCUAUCCUCCACGUCAGCCAUUGCUGUCGCUGCAGCACUCCUUGCACUGGCCGCCGCAGCACUUCUUUCCAUAGCCGCAGUGGCUGUCAGAGCAGCACGCGGCACUGGAGCAGGCACCAUUGCAGCACUUUUUUCCAUAGCCGCAGUGGGCGUCGGUGCAACAAGCACACGUGUUGCAGUCUCCAUUACAACAUUUCUGGCCAUAGGAACACUCAUUGUCGUGCGUGCAGCCAUGUGGUUUCACAACAACAAAGCCGCUGCCAGAUGCACUAACAUCCACAAAUGCAACAGCGAGCAGUAGCAYGCUCACUGUGAAGAAGACCAGUGAAGACAUGUUGCCCACUCCCCUUGCCAUGAUGCGCUUCUAGACUUUGUUCUUAUGGACUCACCUGGGCCACCAGCCUGCAAGGAUGCACCCACCCACCCACACACACACCCACACCCACACACACACACACACACACACCUUAGCUCAGUCGAUACAUUAGUGAGCUGCUGAAAUGCAGCCCCAAGCUCAAAUCAAGAUGAUGGAACCGG